AUGUCUGCGCUUCCUAACAGAAUGCCCCUUUCCAGCCCUCGCGCAAGUACCGCAGCUGAUAUUUUCCACAUCGGCAACGUCUCGGCAAGUUUCACCUCUGCAACGUCCAGUCAUCUGGCUGAGGCAAAUCCAACACCUUUCAAUCAAACUUCCAAGGUUCUUGCGAAAGGUUCGUAUCCUGUGUCAAAGUUAUAUCCACCUCUACCAUGCGAUAUUCUCUUCGAGUCUGAUGUGGCGGUCGAACUGCGUGACGGCACUUUCAUAUAUACCGACAUCUACCGCCCAGCGAACACGACAAACUUAACUAGCCCUAUUCCCGCCAUAGUUGCUUAUUCCCCAUAUGGCAAACGAGGCGGAUUUUUCAAUUAUGACAUAUUCCAACCUCCCAAUGCCAUCGAAAGAAUGGACGUCAAGUACGAAUGGGUGUCUGGACUCGAGAAAUUUGAAGGCCCAAACCCUGCCUAUUGGUUAAAUAAAGGUUACGCCGUUAUUCACCCCGACCCUAGAGGUGUCUUCAACAGCGAAGGUGAUAUCUUGAUGUUUGGCCAGCAAGAUGCCCGCGAUGGCUACGACUUGAUCGAAUGGGUUGCUGCACGAAGCUGGUCAAAUGGAAAAGUCGGUAUGACAGGAAAUUCCUGGCUGACAGUAGCACAAUGGUGGAUUGCAUCUGAACGCCCGCCACAUCUCGCAGCUAUCGCUCCUUGGGAGGGAUGGUCCGAUUUUUACGAAGACUUGGUCUUCCGAGGUGGUAUCCCAAAUUUCCCAUUUGUUGAUGUGCUUGUGACACAUCUGUAUGGCAAUGGAAGCAACAAAAUCGAAAACAUAUCAGAAAUGAUGAGUCAUGCCCCACGUAUCAACGAUUAUUGGCUCGAUAAAGCUGCCAAGAUUGAGAACAUCGACGAGAAUCUUCCUGUCUAUGCGGUUGGAUCAUGGACAAAUGCUCUCCAUACUCUUGGAACUUUCCAAGCAUGGGAAAGACUUCGCACAUCAAAUAAAUGGUUACGGACGCAUACCACUCACGAGUGGCACGAUUAUUAUACUCCUACUCAUGUUGCAGACCUUCACAAAUUCUUCGAAAAAUACCUCAACAAUGUGGAUAAUGAUUGGGAGACUACUCCCCGAGUCAGACUUUCUUUACUGAACCCAGGACAUGAUAAUAUCAUUGAUCAACCAGAGACUAAAUUUCCCCUGUCUCGGCAGAAAAUCCACAGGUAUUAUCUCGAUGCAUCUACGACUUCAAUGUCCCCCUCCGCGCCAUCUACUGUCUCUUCCGCAACAUACAACUCGACUGAUAACGGCACUAUUUCGUUCCGAAUGAAAUUUGAACACGCGACUGAUUUUGUUGGUUACGCAACUGUUAGAUUAUGGGUUCAAGCGCCCGACCACAACGACAUGGAUCUGUUUUGCUACCUACAAAAGUCAAACGCUACAACGUCAAAAGUUAUCCCCAUUCUUGUCUUGGGAUCAGAUACCUAUGUUGGUGCCCAAGGACGUGUAAGAGUUUCUCUCCGCGAUCACCGAAAGCCAGGCACCAAUGGGAUAUAUCAGUACGUGAACGAUGAGCCGAGUUUUCUCAACGAAAAUGAAAUUGUCCCUGUCGAUAUACCGUUCUGGCCAACAGCUAUUCACUAUGAGGCCGGUGAAGAACUCACUCUCUUGAUCCAGGGCUGGAACUCUCAGAAGCAGCCGGAAUUUCAAAAUCUGGGCCAGCCCUCCAUUAAAAAUGUUGGUCGGCACACAUUCUAUACUGGUGAUGGCUACAAGAGCUAUGUCGAGAUCCCUCAAGUCAUUCCUGCAAAGUAG